AUGAUGCGUGAUUUGGACGAAAUUUGUUACGAGAAAGUGCAUUACUUUGUGCGAGGAAGACAUCAGGUUCUAGUUUUCGUCACUGCACGGAAUGCAACAACGAAAUUGGCAAUGACUUUCAGAGACGAAGCUGCGAAAAAGGGCGAACUGGACGACUUCUUGCCAGCGAGCAUGGGCAGUGUUCAGUACACCAAUGCUGCGAAAACGGUACAAUCAUGUCGGAAUAGUUUGCUGAGCGAGUUAUUCCGCUUUGGCUUCGGAAUUCAUCAUGCGGGUUUACCGCGUCGAGAACGUUUAGUGGUUGAGAAGCUGUUCGCAAAUGGGCAUAUCAGUGUACUCUUUUGCACUUCCACGCUUGCAUGGGGCAUCAACUUGCCGGCACACGCCGUCGUCAUUCGGGGUACUGAAAUAUUCGACGCCCAGAAAGGAGCGUUUACGGAUAUUGGCGUACUUGAUGUUCAGCAGAUCUUUGGUAGAGCCGGCCGUCCGCAGUAUGAAAGUUCAGGACACGGCAUAAUAAUCACAUGGAAAAAGAGUAUACCAAAGUAUUUGGACAUGCUUUUCCGGCAGACCCCUAUCGAAAGUCAAUUUGUAUCGCGAAUUUACGAUAACUUGAAUGCGGAAAUUGCUCUAGGAUCUGUAUCAAGUAUUGCUGAAGCAGUUGAAUGGCUAAAAUAUACAUAUUUUUACAUUCGUGCCAAGCUGAAUCCACUGUCGUAUGGCAUUUCGAGGAAGGAUUUAGCAGACGAUCCGAAUUUGGACGAAUAUCUGGCGAAGUUGGUCACUGGUGCUGCCACGAAAUUGGAUUUGAGUCAAAUGAUUCGUUUUGAUAGCUUGAACGGGUACAUGUCGUCGACAGAUCUGGGCCGGAUUGCCUCGAAUUUUUAUGUGAAAUAUGAAACGGUUGAUGUAUUUAUGAAUGGCCUUCAAGGACAGAAGCUGGAAGAAUUUAUGACUGAUGAUAUGAUACUGUCACUAAUUGCAUCAGCAACAGAAUUCAAUCAGAUAAAGGUACGAGAAGAAGAGACGGAAGAACUGGAGCAGCUUGCCACGACUUCUUGCCCACUGCGCUUGAAAAUGGGUGCACUCUCGACGGUGCCUGGAAAAAUAAACUGUCUAAUGCAGGUAGGAUGUUUGUGCAUUUGGAUAGUGCUGUUGUGUCGCUCCUUGAGGCUGCCUCAUUUUCGGAAAAGUCUUUUUAAUUUGAUCUGA